UCUCUCGUUCUUCACUCUUCCUCAAAGCUCGAAAUGGCGCCGUCAACACUACCACCAUCUCCGCCGACGCUGAUGGUUGUUCUCUUGUUGCUCUCCUCCACCGCAUUGCUUUCUGAGUCAAGGUUAAGCUUAGAUUACUACUCCAAAACCUGUCCAAGUUUCAACAAAAUCAUGCAAGAAACCAUAACCAACAAGCAAAUCACCAGUCCCACAACAGCCGCAGGAACCAUCCGUCUUUUGUUCCAUGACUGUCUCCCCAAUGGAUGUGACGGUUCCAUUCUCAUCUCCUCCACUGCAUUCAACAAAGCUGAACGUGACGCCGACAUCAACCUGUCUCUCCCUGGAGAUCCCUUUGACCUCAUUGUGCGUGCCAAGACAGCCCUGGAACUCUCCUGUCCUAACACCGUCUCUUGCGCUGACAUCCUCGCUGUAGCCGCCCGUGACCUUGUGACUAUGCUCGGUGGCCCUUACUAUAAUGUCUACCUGGGCCGUAAAGAUUCAAGAUUUUCUCAAGCUUCUUCAAUAGAAGGGAAACUGCCUAAACCCAACAUGGAUAUGUCACAAAUUAUCAAUCUUUUUGCAGCAAGUGGCUUCAGUAUUCAAGAAAUGGUGGCAUUAAGUGGAGCACACACAAUUGGGUUUUCUCAUUGCAAAGAGUUUAGCUCAAAUAUUGGCAAUGAUACCCAUUACAAUCCAAGGUUUGCUCAAGCAUUGAAGCAAGCUUGUUCAGAUUAUCCAAAGAACCCGACUUUAUCAGUUUUUAAUGAUAUUAUGACUCCCAACAAGUUUGACAACUUGUAUUUUCAGAAUUUACCAAAGGGUUUGGGGCUUUUGGAAUCAGAUCAUGGAUUGUAUAAUGAUCCUAGAACAAAGCCUUUUGUGGAAUUGUAUGCAAAGGAUCAGAACAAGUUCUUUCAAGAUUUUGCUAGAGCCAUGCAGAAGCUUAGUGUUUAUGGGAUCAAGACUGGGAGGAGAGGAGAGAUUAGGCGCAGGUGUGAUGCUGUUAACUGA